GAUGAAUUCUCUAUUAAUCAAUUCAUACAGAGAGUAGAGGAAUUUCAAAGAAGAGACCAGCUAGAUACACUUGAGAAGCUUACAGAAGAGAACUGCUCACUUCAGAGAAGCAUCUUGAGCUACCGCAAACAUUGGUACAUAGCGAUGGAUAUAUUAGAAGUGUUAUACGAAGUCUAG